AUGAAGGUGAUAGCAGCUUAUUUGUUGUCUCAAUUAGGUGGCAACUCUAAUCCAUCUUCUAAUGAUUUGAAAAAAAUCUUGAAUUCUGUUGGUGCUGAAAUUGAUGAUAUGAAAAUUGAACUAUUAUUGUCACAAGUUGAAGGCAAAGAUAUUAAUGAGUUAAUUGCUGCUGGUAAACAAAGAUUGGCUUCUACUACUUGUAUUGUUGGUGGACAAGUUGUUGAAGAGAAAAAAGAGGAAAAGAAAGUUGAGAAAGUGGAAGAGUCUGAUGAAGAAGAUUUUAAUUUUAGUCUUUUUGAUUAG